CUGCACGCUUGCUCCCACAGAGUGCACAGCAGCACAGAAGACUACAGAGCAGUUCACCUCACUUUCACUCUCCAUUCUCCAACACGUACCCAACUUCAAAGUUACAGAGCAACCCUCCUUCAACCUCUUUCCAUCCUUCCCCUCAAGCUCCCCUCUAAUGGCCACACCAUCGUCUGCUGAUGAAUCUUCAGAACCCCUCAAAUAUAAGAGAUGGGACUUGAAGGUUUCCAUCCACUGCCAAGGUUGCAAGAGAAAGGUCCAGAAAGUUCUCAAAAGCAUCGACGGUGUUUACAUCGCAAAUGUUGAUUCUCGUCUGCAAAAGGUUACUGUUACGGGAAAUGUGGAUGUAGAGACCCUGAUCAGGAAACUGGUAAAAUCAGGGAAGCAUGCAGAAAGAUGGCCGGAAAAGCCCACAGGGAAGGGGAAAAAGUCCGGCAAAGGAAAGAACAAGGACAAACAAAAGGACUCAAAAGAUGGUGAACAUAAGAGUGAUGGUGAUCAGGAGGACGUAACAGAGAAUGAGGAUGCAAAGGUCAACUCUGCUAAAAUUGGCAGCCGUGAAAACAGAGUCAAAUUGAGUGGAGGUGAAACGAGCGAGGGACAAAAGAAAGAGUCAAAAAAUGGAGGGAAGUCGCCGGAGAAUUCUCCGGCCAGGGAUCAUUUCUCGGGAAUGGAGCAGAAGGGUAGCAGCAACAGCGAGGAAACUCCUGAGCAAGGUGGUGGAGGGCAAUGUAGCAAGAAGAAGCGGAAGGGGCAAAAUGGUAACAAUGGCAAUGCUGGUUCGCACGAGGACGGUACAGGGGCAGCUGACAACCCCGCCGCCGGUCGGGGAACAAGUUCGGUUAAUCUCAGCCCUACACGUCAGCAAACAUUCCAAUUCCUCCCAACAGAUUCCCCUCCUCCAGUGUAUUAUCUCGUAACCCCAUUUGAUUCUUUCGAGAUCUUCAGUGAUGAAAACCCUAAUGGAUGUUCAAUCAUGUGAUGACUUGAUCAAUCGAGACGGGCAAUGUGCCCUGCCGGGACACAAUGAUAGUUCUAUCUUAGCUAGUGUAUGUAUAGAGAGAAAUGACAUCAGCCUGCUAAAAUAUAUUCAAGGAUAGAGUGCUAAAUGAGUCAAGAAUAGGAGGAAGUGUGUUUCGUCUUCUGAUGGAUGUUUGCUAAUAGUUUAUGGUGUACUGGUUUCCCUAAUUUUGACUCACUUGUAAUCUGUAAGACCUAAAGUUUUUCAGUUGAUUUUUAGAUAUUGCAGCAAAA